AAAAGAAAACGGAGCAGGGGUUGUGCGAGGACGUGAGGUUGAAGUUGAAGCGGGAAAUGGCGAUUCCCAUGCUCAGAGCUUCAGCUCCUCCCGGUCACUGGCGCGCGCUCUUCCACUCCAACAUGAAGAAGCCGCCCCUCCAUGUUCAGAGACUGCCCUGUUCUCCACCUGAACUCAACCCUGUCUUGCAAGCACAAAAUGAUGAGAUGAAGUCAGAGUCAAGGUUGUCUCUUUUUGUGGGGACACGCCUUAUUCCACACCCCAACAAGGUCGACAGAGGUGGUGAAGACGCUUUUCUGGUGAGCGGCUUCAAUGGGGGAGUCAUUGCUGUUGCCGAUGGCGUUUCCGGUUGGGCUGAAAAAAACGUGGAUCCUUCGCUGUUUUCUAAGGAAUUGAUUGCUCAUGCUUUGUCUUUGCUCGGGGAUGAGGAGGUAAACUACAAUCCUCGGAUGCUUCUAAAGGAAGCACAUGCUGCUACCUCCUCUGUAGGUUCAGCUACAGUAGUUAUUGCAAUGCUGGAGAGAGACGGGAUCCUGAGGAUCGCAAAUGUAGGGGAUUGUGGAUUAAGGGUUCUCCGAGGCGGUCAGAUAAUCUUUUCUACGUCUCCGCAAGAGCACUACUUCGACUGUCCCUACCAGCUAAGCUCAGAAUCAGUUGGUCAAACAUAUCAAGAUGCUGUGGUUAGCACUGUUGAAGUAACAGAGAAAGAUACCAUCGUUAUGGGCUCAGAUGGUCUCUUCGACAAUGUCUUCGACCAGGAAAUUGUUUCCACAUUGGCCAAACAUGGUGAUGUUUCAGAAGCUGCAAAGGCAUUGGCUGAUCUCGCCAGAGAACACUCCGUGGACUCGAGUUAUGAUUCCCCCUACUCAAUUGAGGCCAGAACUAGGGGUUUUGAUGUUCCUGUGUGGAAGAAAGCACUUGGGUUUAAGCUUACAGGUGGAAAGCUUGAUGAUAUAACCGUAAUUGUUGGUCGAGUUGUUAGAUCACAUGAAUCCUGAGACACCAGAUAAUGUUAUUGAAUGGAGUGCAGGAGGACUAGGCGUGGGGUUAUGCCUUCUACUUGUCAAAGUAAAGUCUUUAAGUAGUUUUCAGAUUGUGAAAAGGUUGGCAUGAACUUCACUCUAUUC